UAACAGCUGAGUGGAAUAGUGGUUAUAUUAGUAAUUAAAAUGUAUUUUUAGUAAUUAAAAUCACUUUAUGUGUGGUUUAACUAUACAAGUAACGAUAAGCUGUAUAAAUGUUACCUAGAACUGAGCAUGUACAUGUAGUUUGACUGAUCCUGGUUUGUAAGUGGAGUUAUACAUACAUACAUUAUUGGAAGUGAUACUUGUUGGAAGAGAGAGAGAGAGAGAGAGAGAGAGAGAAUGGCUUCUCGGGGUAAAUCAGAAACUGGUAAAUUAAAGCAGAACAUGGAGGAGCAGCUGGACAGAUUGAUGCAGCAGCUUCAGGAUUUGGAGGAGUGCAGAGAGGAGCUUGAUGAGGAGGAAUAUGAAGAAACAAAAAAAGAGACGCUGGAGCAGCUGAGCGAGUUUAACGAUUCCCUGAAGAAGCUUAUUGCCGGAAACAUGACCCUUGUUGAUGAAUUAGGAGGGAUGCAGCUUGCAAUACAAGCUGCCAUCAGCCAGGCUUUCAAGACCCCUGAAGUUAUUCGACUGUUUGCAAAGAAGCAGCCUGGCCAAUUACGAACAAGACUAGCAGAGAUGGACCGUGAUGUGAUGGUAGGAAAACUUCCCAAAGAUGUGUACACUCAGCAGAAAGUGGAGAUCCUCACAGCUCUGAGAAAACUUGGUGAGAAGCUUACGAGUGAGGAUGAAGCAUUUCUCACGGCAAAUGUCAGUUCCACUCUCAGCCAGUUUGAGAAGGUUACAGCGAACUUGGGCUCUGAGGAUAAGAUCAUGGCCCUAGCUAGUUCUGGAGUUGAGAAGACCCAGACCUAAGCUUUCACUUAGGUCCUGAUGGAGAGUUAUGUAAAUGCUGUUAGAAGUUAUUUUAAAUGUGUUUUUAAUGUGAUGUCUAGUUUACCAAUUGAUUUACACUUUUUUGACAAUUUUUAAUAAUAGUCCUUUUUAAAUACAUUAUUAUUUAACUGGUUUAAACCCAAUUAUCUACAAAAUAUGGAAAUGUUUUUUAAAUGUUUUUUAAUUAUUUUGGUACUGCAAUGCCAAAUCUAAAAGAUCAGAUCAAAUACACAGUAGGUACUUUUGCUGUUAUAUGUCAAUGAUUGUUUUUCAGAUAGUGGCUUCAAUGAAGAAUGUAUUAUGUUGUUUUUUAUGUGGAUUUUUAAACAAAUGUUAACCACAACUCACCACCUGUAUAGCCAGAAAACCACUGCCAUUAUCCAAUGUAGAUCCAGUGUAAUGUCUUCAACAUUUUAUAUAAAGCAAAAUCCUUCCAGACUAUUGAAUUUUCUAUCAUACACUAUUCCAUCUUUUGACAUACACUUACAUUUUUCUCAGUACAGCCUUGGUUCUUUAAGGCAUGGUAUUGGUAACAUUCCUUUGAGAUGCUUGCUGUUAACAACAAAUUCUGACCCUGUGGCAGCAGAAAUUAAGCAUCGUCAGACCAGACGAUUUUUUCCUAUCUUUAAUUGCCCCGUUUCAGUGAUAUUGUGCCCACUGUAGCCUCUUUUUCCUGUUCUUGUCUAACAGAAGUAGAACUUGGUGUAGAGUAGAACAUUUCUCUGCUGAUGUAGCCAUCAACUUUAUUUUCUCUUUUUUGUAAAGAGAUCUGCUGCUUUUUUGCAUUAUUCUGCGUACACUCUAGCGACUGACACUUUAAACACAUUUCCCCCCUGUGGAAUAAUAAAAUGCUAUCUUAUCUUAUCUUAUCUUAAAUGCAGCACCAGCAUCCAUGCCAUGUUCAAAAUCCCUCAGAUCACAUUUUCUCCAUUCUGAUAUUUAUUGUAAACAUUUAUUGUAAACAUUUAUUCAAGCUUCCUGACCAUAUCUGUAUGAUUGUAUGCAUUGCACUGCCGUCACAUCAUUGGUUGGUCAGAUACUGACCACAUAUAAUUGAGCAUGUGUACUAGUGUUCCAAAUGAAACAGCCCACAAGUAAACAUUUUAAAAUGUCUACAGUAAAGUCAUUUAAACAAAA